CCGAAUCCACACUUUUAACAAUAGUGUGACGUAAUAGCAGUGGUUUAAAUGGGUUCGAACCAUGCCAGGAACACGGUGUUUUGAGUGGGUAUUUCUUCUGGCACGCUAUAACCAUGGAGGAAGGAACAUAACCAACUUGUAUUUCACAUCAGAAUGUUAACAUUCUACACAGGCGUUGUUGAGAGUCAGUUGAGGACUUGUUACUUUGGUCCGCCACCGGAGCCGCUUCCUGGGGAACACUGGAUGCAAGCAGCAACUCGAGAGAUACGCAAACGAUGCCCAGGGACGCAAAUCUCUACUGGAACCAACAAUGGCCAAUCAGGUCAGGAAGCCAGUAUGUCAAUGGAACCCAAGGCAACCACCGACCAACCAACCACUGAACAAUCUAUCUCGACCGUCAAACCGACAGAACAAGAUGACAAUGAUGGUACAACACCUUCAAUAAUGACAACAGCUUCAAGUCCCCGAUAUGCUGACUGUCGAGACAGUUAUGCGAAUGGGAUAUAUGGAGGCGUGGUCACCAUCUACCCAACGCAGUAUCCAGACGGCUUGGAGGUCUCCUGCAAUGAACAGUGGAUUGUGAUUCAGAGGCGUAACGUCGCGGCCGAGAAUUUCACCCGUAGCUGGGCCGAGUACCGAGACGGCUUCGGUAAUCUUGGCUACUCAUUCUGGCUUGGGAACGAGAUCGUCCGUCAGCUAACCUCAGAUGGGAAUUGGGAACUGAAGGUUGGAUUGAAUUCAUUGGAUGAUCCCGGCUCAUCGCAGACCGUACAAUUUGACGACUUCCAGAUCGUAGGGGAUGAGUACCAACUCGUAGCGAGCCUAAACCCUUCGUUUCCACUGGGUCAUUCUCUAACCGACGUCCAUACAGGCCAGCCGUUCUCAACCUACGAUCACGACAAUGACGACGAGGGGAACGAUACUAAUUGUGCCGCUUUGCUGAAGGGAGGCUGGUGGUUCAAGACUUGUACUGGAGGUGUGGACACUGAGGAUCUCGUGCCGAGUAACCUGAAUGGGGAGUUUUCCUAUCCCGUCAACUACACGGGGCAAGAUUACCGCGGUAUGAGGUGGGCUGGUGCGUUCGAUGGCCCAAUUCGACCUUGCGAGAUCUUGAUUCGUCGCAAUCAUUGUUGUGGAAUAACGGUAGACAAGCCGGACUAUUAAAAAAUAAUCACAAAAGUCACUAAGUUUACAUCUGUCCAGAAGCACGACAAGGUACACUUCAGCACGUGUUCCACUUCAGUGUCGUAUAACAAUGCACACUGCACACA